AUGUCGUACUUCGCACACACCACCCUUUUCGCCUCCAACCCGCUCGAGACCAAGGAUGACCUCGCCAAAUAUCUCGUUGGUGUCCUUGAUCCGCUUGCUGCCCAUACAUCGCCUGGAGGUGCUCGCAUACACCUCGGAUUCACUGGUACGCACUACGAUGAGGCCGCUGCCCAGCUCGAGGGCUUCUCGCGACCCAUCUGGGGCCUCGCGUCGUACCUCGCCGGCGGCGGAACCUAUGCGGGUACCGAGCGAUGGGUGAGGGGCUUCGCUAACGGGACGAACCCCGACCAUGAAGAGUUCUGGGGAAAUAUGAGGGACAAAGAUCAGCGGAUGGUUGAAUGUUCUGCUAUUGGCUUCUCGCUCGCCGUGGCUAAGGAGCAAUUAUGGGACCCAUUGCCCGACGAGGGGAAGCGGAACUUCGAGGCAUGGCUCGCUGGGAUGAAUGAUAAGGAGAUGCCUAAUACCAACUGGCUUUGGUUCAGGGUAUUCGCCAACCUCGGGUUGUCGAAGGUCGGCUCGCCCCAGUAUGACGGAAAGCGGAUGAAAGCAGACAUGGAUCAUCUCGAUACUUUCUACAUCGGAGACGGAUGGUCCCGCGAUGGUCCGGAGGGAGUAGUCCAGCUUGACUACUAUUCGUCGUCCUUCGCCAUCCAGUAUGCUCAACUUGUAUACUCCAAGCUCGCGCAGGCAGAAGAUCCGGUGCGCUGUGAAGAGUUCCGCAACAGGGCGCGCAAAUUUGCACUGGACUUCGUGUACUACUUCGACCCUGAGGGACGUGGAGUACCUUUCGGACGAAGCUUAACCUACCGCUUUGCUAUGUCCUCGUUCUGGAGCGCCCUAGCUUUUGCAGAUGUUGAAUUGCCUGCACCACUCACAUGGGGCGUUGUGAAGGGUCUGCAGCUGCGCAACAUCCGGUACUGGGCUAGGCAGCCCGGUGCCUACAAUUCAGAUGGCACGCUUACCAUUGGCUACUGUUAUCCAAACCUAAACAUGACCGAGAACUACAACUCACCGGGCAGUCCGUACUGGUGCUGCAAGUCCUUCAUCGCGCUCUCCCUCCCGACCUCGCACCCCUUCUGGGCAUCCCCCGAGGAGCCCUACCCCGCGUCACUCCUCAACACCACCAAGUCGCUCUACAAGCCGCUGCACAUCGGCACGCACUUCGGCGGGCACACCUUCAUCCUCUCGUCCGGGCAGCAGUGCUCGUACCCCGUGAAGCAGUCCGCCGCCAAGUACGGCAAGUUCGCGUACUCGUCCGCGUUCGGCUACAGCGUGCCCUCGGGCAGCCUCACGCUCGAGGAGCACGCCGCGGACAGCGCGCUCGCGCUGAGCGACGACGCGGGCGAGGUGUGGAAGACGCGCCGUGCGACGAAGGACGCGCGCUUCGAGGGCGCGGGCGGGCGCGAAUGGCUCCGCUCCAUGUGGUACCCCUGGCCGGACGUCGCAGUCGAGACGUGGCUCGUCCCCCCGGCGCAGGACGCCCCACUCUGGCACCUGCGCGUCCACCGUAUCCGCACGAAGCGCGCGUUGCUCUCGGCUGAGGGCGGCUUCGCGAUUUACGGCCAGGACAGGAAUGAUAGGGCGCUCGCACCGGCGACGGGCGAGGCGUUCGGGACGCUAGAGGGAGGCGGGGAGACGAGGGCGGCGUCGAAGGCGGGCGCGUCGGGCAUUGCGGAGCUGAGCCAGGGAGGGAGGACGGGCAAGGCGCUGCGGACGGAUGCGAACACGAACUUGAUGGUCCCGAGAGCGGUGCUCCCGACGCUGAUGGGUGAGCAUGCGGCGGGCGAGAAGGAUAUCUGGCUUGUGACGGGUGUGUUUGGCAUCCCCAGCGUGGGUGACCAGGAGGGAGCACCGGCUGGCUGGGAGGCAGAAUGGCGCAAGAGACCGACCAUUCCGGAGGAGAUUGCUGCCCUGAUGGCGCAGUAG